CCCCAGAGGAGAAGGUGUCUUUCAGCAGGACCGAGUCUCACCGGGGAUUCCCGAAACCAGCCGAGUGAGCAGAGCCACAUUCUGAACACCUUCCAAAUGUUGAGCCGGAGUCGUGAAGUGCUGCUCUUGAGGGGGGCGAGGUUGGAAGAGAGGGAGACGACGAGGGAGAAAACCGGCACCGUUCACGCACAUUAUUUCCUCCUCUGAACGCGUCUCUGCACACCGCGACCGGGACUCUACAGAAAGGUACAAAACAAUCAUCCAGGAUGGCGGCAGUCUGUGUGAUCGCUCUCAGCGUCCUGCUCACUACAGCUCUUUCUGCACCUGUGAAUGUGGAGGAGGACUUCCAGACCUUCUUCCACGGGGAGGACUACCACAUCCGGCUGCCCUCUCUGGCGCUGGAGGUCACGUUUAGGAACCGCUCCUCUCCGCGGUCCGGAGACGUGUUCCUGAUGCGCGGCGGCAUCGUGGUCAACAGUCGGGCCAAACUCAACAGCCAUCUCAGCCACCUGAUCAUCGACGCUGUGGACGAAGGAGACGAGGGUGUUUACACGGUGAAGAACCCGGAGACGCUCCAGGACGUUCAGCGCACCACACUUAUUGUCCGAGAUUGCUCCAACGAGCUGAUCGUUAAAUAUGGAGAACACUUCAAUAUUCCGCUGUUGGGGCUGACCCCCCCCGUCACCCUGGAGUACAGGCCCAGUGCUGUGGAGGCCAACCAGACGUCCAGACCUGCUCUGAUGCUGCUGACCAACACCGGGAUGUCCAGGGACGGAUACCAGGGACGCAUCACCGUCAGCGAGCGCCACGCCUCGCUCAGCGCGGUCUCCGGGGCCGACGAGGGCAGCUACACCAUCAGGGAUGCUGAAGGUGUGAUCCAGAGGAAAGUGUGUCUCAAUGUCAAAGAGCAUCAGAACUUUGUAAAGCUGCACCGCGGUAAAACUCUGAAGAUCCACCUGAUACUCAACAGCUCCUUGGUGCACCUGUACUACACCUCCGACAACGACCACACACCCCAUCUGCUGCUGGACAAGGGAGAAUUCACAAGUGCCCAAGCAGAUCUGGGUUUCGAGGAGCGUCUCUAUAUGGAUGGUUCUUGGAUUUUUCUGGAUCAGGUGAAAGCUUCUGAUGUGGGCGAGUUCAAAGUGACCGACAUACUGGGCUUCACCGUGUCCACCACCCACCUGGGACUACUGCCCUACAGACUGGAGUCACUGUACGUGGCCAUCAUUGCCAUGUUGGGCUUCCUGGCUUUCCUUCUGCUGGUGUGUCUGCUGUCCUGCCUGUACAAAGUGAAGAAGAGGGGGCAGAGGGGAGCGGCCCUGGAGAAGAUCGCCCAUAAAUCAGGGGAGGACGAGGGAGAGGCCUUCAGACAGGUGGUCAAGAACAUCACCAAACUCAGUGAAGACUCCAAGCACUCCCAGGCCGACAACACAGAGAAGUCCCAGAGCACUGAGGUGGAUAUCAAAGGUCUGGAGGUUUCCUCUAAAGAGGUUGGGAUCGGUAACCUCGACACCAGUGACUCUGGUGUUGGGUUUAACACCGCCCUCCCUCUGGACACUGACACUGAUGCCGCCGAUCAUAACCUCGACUCUGUGGCUGUAAGCGUCUCUGAAGCCCCACCAAGCCCCCCCGCCUGCUGCUGCUGCCGAGUCCAAGCCAAGCACUCCUCCUGCUGUGGAAGUCAAAUCAAGUCCAGUAGUUAAAACUAAAGCCCCUCCAACACCUGAGCCUACAAAAACCCCCGAGCCCACGAAAACCCCAGAUCCACCAGUUGAGAUUAAGCUAGAGGUGCCCAAACCUGCAGAUGUGAAGCUCAGCCCAGCUUCAACCCCUGAGCCCAAGUUUAGUCUGAGUCCAGCUGAUCCAAAACCUGCACCCACCCCGAGCCCAGAGCCCAAAUCACCUGCUCCGAAAGCCCCCUCUCCAUUACCUGAAAGUAAAAGUGCCCUGACUCCAACGACUGAAAGUAAAAGUGCCCUGACUCCAACGGCUGAAA